CCUCUUUACUUCCCUUUUUGUGUCAAAAAAAGUGAUGGAGUUGAUUGUCACCAUUGUUACGCAGCUUCGUCAGAGGUGUAAAUGAAAAAUUAAUGUCUCCGAGUCUUUGUCUGUUCUCUGCUCUCACACGGCUCCUGUUUUAUUUCAGGGCACGAGUGAUUUCUGCGUGUCCCCCGACAGGUACGUCAUGAGCCAGACAAAGAGCAUCGUCACUGCUGAUAUUGUUCAUUACUACCUUUACUGCAACCAGACGCUCUCCAACCCUUUCCAGCAGCCCCUGACCAUCUUCCAGAGGUCCCUGACCACCAUGCAGAUCCAGAUCCAGAGUCUGCUGCAGUUUGCUGUUCCUCUGUUCCCUACAGCUGAGAGAGACCUGCUGGGCAUCCAGAAUUUGCUGAACUCCUCUGAGGCCAGUCUGCACCAGCUGACCGCCCUGCUGGACUGCAGGGGGCUCAACAAGGACUACCUGGAUGCGAUGGUGGGGGUGUGUUACGACGGCGUGGAGGGCGUGCUCUACCUCUGCCUCUUCUCCAUCCUUGCAGCCUGCGCCUUCACUGUCAUGCUGUGUGCCAUUCCUAGGGCGUGGAGACAAAUAGCCUGCAGGGAACAAGACUAUGACGACAUUGACGAGGAGGACCCGUUCAACCCACGGGCGAGGAGGAUAGUCUCCCAGAACCCCAACCUUCCCAACAUGCACAGCUUCUGCAGCUACAGCAGCAGCAUGGGCAGCCAGAGCAGCCUGCACCCGCCCGCCCCCGCCGUGUCCAACGCCCCCAUGUCCGAGUACAUGAACCAGACGGCUCUGUUCGGGGGAAAUCCUCGCUACGAGAACGUGCCGCUGAUAGGACGCGGAUCUCCGCCCCCUUCGAUAUACUCUCAGCAGUAUAGAAACAGAUACUCCCCCAGUAUGAGGGCCACCUACCUGUCCAUGACCGAGGAGCAGAGUAGACACUUUGGAAACGACUUCCAGGCAUAGACUUCUUAAACUGCCCCUGGAGGAAGACGCCAACACACACUCGACAGGAGAGCAGCGUGUCGUGCAUCUAUUCCCAGCACCACAGAGAACAGCGCCUCGUCUGUCUCAGGACAAUAUCACAACCAUAUCUGUGCUGUUCUCCGUGUGUCGUACGCUCGUCAGCGAUUCAUCUCAUUUUUUCUGCCCCAAGUCGAACUUUACCUGCUCUUGAUCUGUUUGUGCUCCGUGGCUACCUGACACCUUUUCAAAUACGAACUGUAGAAAUCAGCCUUGUUGUCAGGCACGGGGGAGGGGAAGGUGAGUCCUCAGUCCGUCGGGUUUAAAUAUGCAGAUGAUUAAAUCUCCACCCAACAGUCAAGUCAAGCUUCACCUAAUUUCACACACUCGUAGAUAUCGGUUUCCUUAAUGUGCCUGAUUUUUUUUUUUUUCAUCCACAUCCAUAAAUGAUUCCCUGUGAAAAGCGAUGUUAAAGAACAAUGUUAAAGAAGGUGAUCAAAUGAUUCUGGAUCUGCUCCCUGAUGUGGAUCAGAAUUUAAUCCCUCACACACAAACUGCAUCCUUCCACCAAGAUUCUUUGAAAUCCAUUCAGUACUUUUUGUGUAAUAUUGUUCAGAACCACACAAACUAACGCAGACACACGAUAACCUCCUCGUUGGAAAGAAAAAAAAAAGUUGUUUAAACGUUUAAAACUGUUUAAACGCAGAAUCAUUUUGGAAUUAAUAGCGAAAUUGAUAAUAUAAAAAUGCAGACAGGUGAAAACAUACUAGGCAGAAGUAAUCAUUUAAUUUUUGAAGAUUUGUAAAACUUUUCCCUGACAUUUUAAAGAAAAACACAGUUUGAUUUUUCUCCUCUUGCCUGAAUUUAUUUUCCUUCAGACCUUUGGAAAAACAAGUUGGUGUCACUCCAGGGGAAAAUAAAAAAACAUGUUUGGCUUCAUGCUUGAUGAUAUGUGAAGCACUGACAACACACAGGAGGAGGAACUGUCGUAAUUUAUUGACAUUCACACAUGAAGCUUUCUGUUUCUCUGGAGAUGAGACGACCUCGAGGCCACGACUUCUGUAAAUAAAUGUCCAACAACAGACCGUUGUCUUAGUCUGAUUUGAUUUUGUUUAAACAAAUGUGCCAUUUUUUAACAUGUGUUCUAGUGUUGUGUGGCGACGUCACAUAGGAUCACUCUAAUUUUGAUUUUAUUUUUCUAAGGUUUUCUUUGUAAAGGGCCAUUAAUCCACAUCGUCUGUUUGGACUAACUCGAUGAAGUUGUCGUUUCUGCUGUAACUUGGGAAGCCGUGCUGCACUAACUAUCAUUAAUGAGAAUAUUCAGGUAAUUCUUUUUCCUCUGUACGUGGUUGGAGCGACUAACAGUAGGGAUUUAAAGCAUUAGUCAUGAUUUGUGUCUUUCAGCAUGUUUCACUGUACAGGCACUGAGUGGUGCUUCAUCCUGUGUGGGACCUCAGACUCACGGUCUGAGUUCAAUAAACCCGUGUUUUUUGAG